AGGAAAGUCAAUCGACGGCAAACUAUUAUGCUUAAUUAUCUAUCUGAUUUUUUACGGCAAUUGAUUUUGAUAUUGAUAUUUUGGGGAAAGUUUAUUAUGUAAGCAAGUAGUAGAAUGAUUUGAAUUUAGGAAAUAUAGGUUGGUUAGGACUAAGUAGAUGGAGUCUGGGUAAGUAUUAUGAUGAUGAUGAAGCGAAUGAAGCAAGUAGUGUCAUCAUUCCAACUCAUGUUCAUAUCAUUUAAAAGGCGAUGAGUAUAACGAUAAAUAUGUUUAACUUUUCCACUUCUUCUUCUUCUUCUUUUUCCAUUAUUAACCAUCGCAAUGAAAUUCACUGGAGUUAUAUUCUUUUUACUUAUCAGCUUUGUUGGUGCUAUACCAGCUACCAAUCAAGCUUCUUCAAAUGAUACUUUUAUGGUGACUGAUCUUGAUCCUCAUCAUUAUAAAGGAUAUUGGAUUGAUUAUACCAAUGAAUUACUUUCAGUUAAGAGACAUGAUAAUUUCAAUAUUGUUGAAGAUUAUCAUAAAGAUAUUCCUGAUGAUUUAAUCAAAAGAGAUGCAAAGGAAAUUGAUACUCAUACAUUUUGGAAUGAAGAACACUUAAUGCAAUAUCCUCAAGUUUUAGACAAUAAAUUAAAUGUGAUUAUUUUAAAGGAAGAACGUGAAAUUAUGUAUUAUUCUGAAGAAGAUCAAACUUGGAUUUCUCAUCAAUUUGAUUCCAAUGUUCAUGAUGGGGUUGAUAAAGAUAAAACUCUUGUGCCUUUUUAUAAUGAAACUCUUGUGCCUUAUCAUGAUUUAAUUCCAGUUACUUCAUGUUUAAGUAAUGAAUUUGGAUCAGGUGGUAGUGUUAGUAGACAAUAUUCAUUUAAUUUACAAGCAUCAAAUACAGCAGGAUUUGGAUUUACAGUGUCAGUUUUUUUUACAUCAUUUGGACUUGGGUUAGAUAUGGGGAUUGGAACUACUACUACAGUUAAUUUUAGUAGUUCAUAUUCUUGUGAUAUUGCAGCUGGAGAAAUUGGUCAAUUAUUUGUGCAACCAUUUAUGGUUGAAUAUCCUCAAUCUCAUCGUCGUGUGAUGAGAAUUAAUAAAAGACUUCGUAAAAUCUUUAGAGGUCGUGAUAUUGAAAUGAUUGAAAGAUUUAGAAUGAUUGCUCUUGUAAAACCAAAUCAUUAUUGUAUAUCUGAAAAAGAUGAAUCAAAAUUAUCUUGUGGUCUGACGGUUGGUGGUACCAUUGAAUAUAAAACAGAAAUUGAGUAAGUAGUUUCCCUCUAUUUAUUUAUUUAUUUAUUUAUUUCUAUAGUUAACUAACUCUCUUUUUAUACUUCUUCAACUAUUAAUAAUAUGUCUUCUUACCUUUUAACCAUAUUCACUCCUAUAUAACCAAUGGUUGUUAAUUAUGGUGUUACUCCGCAAUUA